AUGGAUCUGCCCGUGGGCCCGGGCGCGGCGGGGCCCAGCAACGUCCCGGCCUUCCUGACCAAGCUGUGGACCCUCGUGAGUGACCCGGACACGGACGCGCUCAUCUGCUGGAGCCCGAGCGGGAACAGCUUCCACGUGCUGGACCAGGGCCAGUUUGCCAAGGAGGUGCUGCCCAAGUACUUCAAGCACAGCAACAUGGCUAGCUUCGUGCGGCAGCUCAACAUGUAUGGCUUCCGGAAGGUGGUCCACAUUGAGCAGGGUGGCCUGGUCAAGCCGGAGAGGGAUGACACCGAGUUCCAGCACCCAUGCUUCCUGCGAGGCCAGGAGCAGCUCCUCGAGAACAUCAAGAGGAAAGUGACCAGCGUGUCCACCCUGCGGAGCGAGGACAUAAAGAUUCGCCAGGACAGCGUCACCAAGCUGCUGACCGAUGUGCAGCUGAUGAAGGGGAAGCAGGAGAGCAUGGACUCCAAGCUGCUGGCCAUGAAGCAUGAGAACGAGGCGCUGUGGCGAGAGGUGGCCAGCCUGCGGCAGAAGCACGCCCAGCAACAGAAAGUCGUCAACAAGCUCAUCCAGUUCCUCAUCUCGCUGGUGCAGUCAAACCGGAUCCUAGGGGUGAAGAGAAAGAUCCCCCUGAUGCUGAACGACGGCAGCCCUGCGCACCCCAUGCCCAAGUAUGGCCGGCAGUACUCGCUGGAGCACAUCCACGGCCCAGGCCCCUACCCGGCCCCCUCUCCAGCCUACAGCGGCACCAGCCUCUACUCCCCAGACGCUGUCGCCAGCUCCGGACCCAUCAUCUCUGACAUCACCGAACUGGCCCCCAGCAGCCCUGUGGCUUCUGCCGGCAGGAGUGUAGAUGAGAGGUCCCUGUCCAACAGCCCCCUGGUUCACGUCAAGGAGGAGCCCCCAAGCCCGCCACAGAGCCCCCGGGCAGAGGAUGCCAGCCCUGGCCGACCGUCCUCCAUGGUGGAGACGCCCCUGUCCCCAACCACCCUCAUUGACUCCAUCCUCCGGGAGAGUGAGCCCACGCCCGCUGUCUCCACCACACCCAUCGCGGACACCGGGGGCCGCCCCCCCUCACCCCUGCCCGCCUCGGCCCCCGAGAAGUGCCUCAGCGUUGCCUGCCUGGACAAGACCGAGCUCAGCGACCACCUGGACGCCAUGGACUCCAACCUGGACAACCUGCAGACCAUGCUGACGAGCCACGGCUUCAGCGUGGACACCAGCACCCUGCUAGACCUGUUCAGCCCCUCGGUGACGGUGCCGGACAUGAGCCUGCCCGACCUGGACAGCAGCCUGGCCAGUAUCCAGGAGCUCCUCUCCCCCCAGGAGCCUCCCAGACCUCUGGAGGCAGAGAAGAGCAGCCCAGACUCAGGGAAGCAGCUGGUGCACUACACCGCCCAGCCCCUGCUGCUGCUGGACCCGGGCUCCGUGGACGUGGGGAGCAGUGACCUGCCGGUGCUCUUCGAGCUGGGGGAGGGCUCCUACUUCUCCGAGGGAGACGACUACUCAGAUGACCCCACCAUCUCCCUGCUGACGGGCGCAGAGCCCUCCAAAGCCAAGGACCCCACUGUCUCCUAG